AUGAUGCUGAAGAUGUUGUCCUUUAAGUUGCUGCUCGUAGCGGUGGCUCUGGGCUUCUUCGAAGGGGAUGCUAAGUUUGGAGAAAGGAACGAAGGGACUGGUGCGCGGAGGAGAAGGUGUCUGAAUGGGAACCCACCGAAGCGUCUGAAAAGGAGGGACAGGAGGAUGAUGUCCCAGUUGGACUCCCUAAGCGGGGCAGAAGCUGUCUGCGGUGCCUUCUACCCUCGGCUCUCCUGCUGUUCCAGGAUUGACAGUCAGUCUCUGCUGCACAUGGAGUCCAAGAUAUUUUCUGUUACCAACAACACAGAGUGUAUGAAACUCCUGGAGGAGAUCAGAUGUGCCCACUGCUCACCACAUUCUCAGAAUCUAUUCCAUUCACCUGAGAGAGGGGAAGCCUCUGAAAGAGAUCUAGCCUUGCCCUUGCUGUGUGAAGACUAUUGCAAAGAAUUCUAUUACACGUGUAGAGGCCACAUUCCAGGUUUCCUUCAAACGUCAGCUGAUGAGUUUUGCUUUUACUACGCAAGAAAAGAUGGUGGGUUGUGCUUUCCAGAUUUUCCAAGAAAACAAGUGAGAGGCCCAACAUCUAACUAUUUGGACCAGAUGGAAGAAUAUGACAAAGUGGACGAGAUCAGCAGAAAGCACAAACACAGCUGCUUCUGUGCCCAGGAAAUUGUGAGUGGGUUGAGGCAACCCAUUGGCGCCCUGCACUGUGGAGAUGGCUCCCAUCGUCUCUUCAUCCUUGAAAAGGAAGGCUACGUGAAGAUAUUUACCCCAGAAGGAGAAAUUCUCAAGGAACCUUUUCUGGACAUACACAAACUUGUUCAGAGCGGAAUAAAGGGAGGAGAUGAAAGGGGGUUGCUAAGCCUUGCAUUCCAUCCCAAUUACAAGAAAAAUGGAAAGCUGUAUGUGUCUUACACCACCAACCAAGAGCGAUGGGCUAUGGGACCUCACGACCACAUCCUCAGGGUUGUGGAAUAUACGGUGUCCAGAAAAAAUCCCCAGCAAGUUGACGUGAGAACAGCCCGUGUGUUCCUGGAGGUAGCUGAGUUGCACAGGAAGCAUCUAGGUGGACAGCUGUUGUUUGGUCCCGAUGGUUUUUUGUACAUUUUCCUCGGGGAUGGGAUGAUCACCUUGGACGACAUGGAAGAAAUGGAUGGUUUAAGUGAUUUUACAGGUUCGGUGUUACGGCUGGAUGUCGAUACUGACAUGUGCAAUGUGCCUUAUUCCAUACCGAAGAGCAAUCCACACUUUAACAGCACCAAUCAGCCCCCUGAAGUAUUUGCACAUGGGCUCCACAAUCCAGGCAGAUGUGCAGUGGAUCGACAUCCCACAGAUGUGAAUAUCAACUUAACAAUACUUUGCUCAGAUUCAAAUGGAAAGAAUAGGUCAUCAGCAAGAAUCCUACAGAUUAUAAAAGGGAAAGACUAUGAAAGUGAGCCAUCACUCUUAGAAUUCAAGCCAUUCAGUAAUGGGCCCCUGGUUGGUGGAUUUGUUUACCGAGGUUGCCAGUCUGAAAGACUCUAUGGAAGUUAUGUGUUUGGAGACCGGAAUGGAAAUUUCCUAACUCUUCAGCAGAGCCCAGGAACCAAACAGUGGCAAGAAAAACCCCUGUGUCUCGGUAACGGAGGCUCUUGUAGAGGCUUUUUUUCAGGUCACAUCUUAGGAUUUGGAGAAGAUGAAUUAGGUGAAGUAUACAUUUUAUCAAGUAGCAAAAGCAUGACCCAGACUCACAAUGGAAAACUCUAUAAGAUUGUGGACCCCAAAAGACCUUUAAUGCCUGAAGAAUGCAGACCCAUCAUUCAGCCCAUACAGCCCCUAACGUCGGAAUGUUCUCGACUUUGUAGAAAUGGCUACUGCACUCCUACGGGGCGAUGCUGCUGUAGUCUAGGUUGGGAGGGUGACUUCUGCAGAAUUGCAAAAUGUGAACCAGCCUGUCGCCACGGAGGAGUCUGCAUUAGACCAAAUAAGUGCCUAUGUAAAAAAGGGUACCUGGGACCCCAAUGUGAACAAGUGGAUAGAAACAUCCGCAGAGUUACCAGGGCAGACAUCACCUAGAUGAAACCGCUUUACCAUGUCCUGUAAAAUACUAAAGUUUCAUUUUUCACCAACUUAAUUGGAAUGACGGGGAGUGAGAGAGCAAACACGCUCUUUAAUGUGCUGUGGAUCUAAGCUAGCCAUGUAUCCUUGGGUCAACAUGUAAUCAUUCAAGACGGGAUGAAAAAAAGCAAGAAAACAACCAGUCAUUAUAAAAUUCCAGCAUUAAACAUUUGUAAAGUGCUUUUCACCAUAGCAGGACUGCCCAGAUUGUAUGGGAUUAGAAUGGUGCCGAUUUCACACUGCAUGGAACUCUCCCGGAGAAGAGCUUGUCCUGAACCAAUCUUGGAAAGCUCUUAACAUAACGAAUUCUUGCCAAAUAGGACUUUUCAUGUAAGCGUCCCUCCAGAUGCCAUGGAAACCUUCACUUUGGUUAAUGUAUCAAUAAAUCUUCUGUAAAUGUAUUGUUCAGAUUUUUAAAGAAAUGAAAUACUCUAAUUUAAACCUGAGAAAGACAUCUUCUGACUGGUUGGCCUUUUCUUAAUGGUUUUAAGUGGCCAGUUUGCCACGUUUGGAUUGUAAUAAUAGAUUAGGUUUCUUUGCACUACUGAAAAAAAAAAUCUACUCAUGGUGAGCAUGCUCCCACCUUGGUGUUCCUAUAAACACCUGUUCCUUCUGAGUCCUGGGUACACUAUUGUAAAGUAGGCAAUGCAGACUGGCUUUUCAAAUGUGCUCCAUUUCUCACCUUUAGAAAAAUAAGCCUUGAUUGUAGAGUGAUGAAGGAAGAGGAGGGGAGAGUACGAGGAACAGUAUCUUAGGAGGCGGUAUUUCUCUGUUGUUUUAAAGUGAAAGCUCUGUAAUUAAAGCCAGGGAGCAUUUGUAACUAGACCACAAUGCAAAAGGAUGCGUUAAGUCCACUGCAUUUGUCUUCCAUAUAUGAUUGCUUCAGUUUCCAGUGACCUCAUGGCAAAUGGAAAUUGGUUGAGAAAUCUUGGUCCAGUGCUUCAUGAACAAUACCCUGCAUUAAAAAGUGCAUGCAUAAUUUUGCACGAUUUAGAUUCAAUUGACAGUCUAUUCAAAGAAGUCUUGGGAUUAAAUGAGCAUGGAGACCAAAUUGCCCUCUUACCCCAGAAAAGGGGUGGUCCCUGCUAGUUCCACUAACACUCCAUUGGCCCAAUGGUGUGACAAAUCUUGCAAUGAACCCUGCAGCGGCUUGCAUCUGUAGGUUAAGAGCAGUCUUUUGUCUCCUUGCUUUCUCUUCCUAGCCCCAGUGCUAAAUUCCAUCACAAAAAAAGUUUGACAAUUAAGAAAAUGUCCUGACAACCAUUUUUUUGUAAAUUGACCUUACCAUCUAAUCUUCCCCUAGUCAACGUGGGUGACAUUAACAAAAUGUGAACUUCUCGUGAAUAAACCAGCUGUCUGAAUCUGUCAAAUCAUGCAGUUUUAUUACAUACUAAACUCUUCAUAGUUUCUGCAAAAAACACUAGGGAUACUGCCUGCUUUUCAGCAAAAUCUGAACCAUUCAAAUUUCCUUCUUCCAUAUUUAACGUAGUUCCAAAACAGAUAUCAUUUGCCCAACAUUUCUUUUGUCAGUUAAAUUUUUUCCCAAGUUGAAAGAGUUCCAAGUAGCUUUAGAAAUCCCCAUUAUCCUCAUUUGUCACUGCUUUGCUUGCUGUGGAUUUUUGGAAUAGAAGAUGAACUCUCAAAGAAAGAUAGCUCUUGAGUCUUGUGGAUUCCAAACUUAAACACAUUAUCUGGUCCCUGUUGCUUCUUUUUGUCCUUGAGAAAGGAGAUAUCAAUAACUAAUAACCAAAAAUUCAAACUUGCUUCCUCAGUUUUUUUUUUUAAUCCAGAGGACUUUUCUUUCAGAACAACUUUUCAUACAUAUCUGUAGAAAAUCUCAAGUGACUUAUGAUGAAAAGCAGGUAGGAGCUGGUUAAGAGGUAUGUCGUAAAAGGUAAUUAUUUUCCCUAUGUAAGUCAAUCAUCAUUUAGCUCCCACAGCUCAUGUUUUAAAAAUGGAAGUGAGGAAAUAUUUACAAAUGAAGAAAAAACUAGUGAAAAUCAUUAUAUAUCAAACACUCUUUUAUCCCACAUCAUUAGCUUAAACUUAAAAUAAGUUUGACAAUAAGGAUCUAGUAUUGGAGUUGCCCAGUGGAGAGGAGAGGAGAGGAAUGCCAUACUUUUCUACCAUCCCUUUGCCCUCCAAUGCCCUCCCACUCCAAUAAAUAAAAUUGCCAGUCUGUGAGAACUUUUUCGUGAGCUGAUACACUCUAGUUCUCUUCACAUGCAUUGAAGUAUUACAUCUAGUUAUUUAUUUCCCACCUGAAAAAAAAAUCAAAAUUCAUGGUAAUAAGAUGACUAAUCUAAUAAUUACCCAAUACUUAAGUUAUCUUUAUACCAUCUGGUCUUCAUAAUAUUUAUGGCACCAUCCACUGAGCUAUCUGUUCAGUCUUGUGAAAUACAUAUUAGUUUAUGUAUUUGUCCCAUUAAGCCCUGGGUCUUUAUUGUGUCAUUGAUCCUUUUGGCAGACUGGUGAAAUCUAUCAAUCCCUAUUCAGAAUGAUUUUUGCAAUGCAUAAAAUAAAAUAUAUUGAAUUUUAAAAGAAAAUAGUUACACCGAAAUCUAUUUACUAAAAUAAUUUUAAAACAUUUCCCAGACCCCAGUUAAUGAACAUCUGAACUAGACCAACUUUUAAAAAUGGAACUGAUUGUCUUUGGUCUGCAUCAAACCAAAAGAGAAACCAGCCCUAAAGUAGGAACAAAGAGACUUAGACCAGUGCCAGUGAGCAAUAGUCAACCCUUGAGCAACAAAUCAAUUCAGCCCAUAUUCAUUGUCAGCCUAUGUAGAAAUGCUGCCUCUAGCAUUUUUCUUUUUCUUGCCUCCAUUCAUCCUUUCCUCACCUUCUUCUCUAAGAUCCUUCUCUAGUGGUUUAGUCUGAGUAGAUACUUAGAGUCUCAAACUCUAAUCUCCUUCAACAUUUUCACUACAAAUUAUCCCACUGGUGAUGUCAAGUUCAGUAUUGCCAAGUCAGAUUCUCCAUGAUGGACAACAGUCAAGGGUCAAUCUAAAAGGCUAAACUGUGUAGCCAGUCAAGCUUGGGGAAUGAAAUGAAGUCUUGAUGUUCCAGCUCAACCGGUUUCUACACCACAAAUCCAUAUGCUUUAGGUCAAAGGCAUCAGUUUCACAUAUUCUGCUUAUAGAGUAGAAGGUUCAGCUGGGGGGAGAUAGGGGAGGAAAAGUUAGCAGCUGUUUCCCACCUAAGUAGCAGCUGUCACACUUUACAUUGACUCAAUGUAAAGAACAUUGUUCCAAGAGCAAUUAGCAUGGACAUUGAAAGAGGGAGAGAUCCGAGUGUUUUUUUUUUUUAAUAUGGACUUUAUAGACUUUCUAUUUCACAUCUGGGAUUGAUCUGGGGAGGGGAAGAGAGGGAAGCACACAUUCUAAUAUAUAAAUGAACUCCUGUAUUGAUAAAUACUACCCCAGAAAUUUUAGAGUGCUAUUGUGAAUGCUUAUAAUAAUUAAGAAGGUUCUCAUUAAAUUAAGUAAGACAGAAAAGAAGAAAUGAAUGCUCUUCAUUUCAAUUUCUUCCCCACCUUUUGCAUAUAAACUAGUCACACAGGUAAUAAUAAAUAAGACUUGAAGAAGAGCAAGAAAUGCUAAGUAAAGGGAUGUACUUUUGGCCAUUACACCACGAAAAGGGGCCAUUGGACAAACACUUCCAAAAACACUCAAGUUCUUGCAAGUGUAUUUCUUUCAAAGCUUUCCUUAUGUGUAUGAAUGAAUCACAAAAUCAUAACUAUUUAAAAUAAGAUUUAGUCCAAUGUGUCUCUUAUCAGAUCAAUAGACAUUUCAGGUUAAAUAUAUCCAAUUAUCACACUUGUGGUUUUUAAAAUUAAAUUUCUCUUUUAAAAUAUAUGAAGUUGACAUAUACUCAUUUAAUUUCAUUUCCCAUAACUUUUUAAAAGUAGAUAUGUGUUAUUGAGGACAUAGUAAUGGGAAAAUAGUCAAAGAAGAAUAGUCCCAUUUAUCAAUAUAGCACAUAGUGUCUACCAUUUUUAUCCAGCCAGAAUUAUCAACUUGUGUCCAAAAGAUCUGCAGCAUCAGGCCUGUAAUGAGUUAUGAAAGUUGUCAUAUGAUGAAGUUGGCAAUUAAAUGCUAUUUUUUUCUUUGUAUAUGGGGUAAGAAUGAUAUAUAUCACUAAAUUUCAAAAUGUGUGUGUACAUAUAUAGGCAGGAUAUACAUAAAUAAGAGACACUAAAUAAACAGUGAACAUUCUCAUCUAGUUGCAAUAUUUUUUUCUUCACAAGGCUUGACUAUCAAUGUUGGAGUGGGAAUAGUGAUGAAUUUUGUUAUGACCCAGUAAUAAAUCUACAUAUUUUUCUAGGGUUGAGGAUAAGAAUAGGAGGAUUGCCUUAGGUAAAAGAGGAAAUUCUCCACAAGAGGAGAACUGUUCCAUGUAUUUUAUCUCUUACUCCAUUUAUUAAUAAACAGUAGCAUUCGGUUUUAAAGAAGAAUGUCAAUCCAAUUUCAGUUUCUGCCAUAAAAUGCACUUUCUAUUUGGACAGUCAUAUAGGUUGGACAUGUCAUUAAUUCAGCAGUUUUCAGUCAUGCAUUUCUUGGGAUAAAAUUAUCAGCCAGUAGGACCCUUUUAAAAGACUAUUUCCUAGAGCCAGACCAAUAGAUAAUUUGAUUUUAAGGGACAAUCUGUCCUGUAGGGAUUUUGAAGUCAUGUGACAGAGGUAAUUUUAAUGGGUUCUACUGUCUUAUUUUUAUCAAUGUGGAAUUUGACUAUUCAGUAAUUAGGUUACUUUUUAAGUAAACAUCAUAAAAUGUGACAAGGAUCAAGUAUAAAAAUGUGAACAUCACAAGAAUAUCACUCGAAUCUCCUGAAUUUCUCUAUUUCUUACAGAUUUGUUACAUUAUCACUAAAUUAUGGAAUUAUUGUCUCAUAAUCCUUUAGGCAUACUUUCUCACUUUUUAAAUUUUCUUUUGAGUAAACAGAAAUAGUGAGAAUAGUCUCUCUGAACUCUUUUCCCCAGAAGCUAUCCCUACCAAUUCACAUUAACAUCUUUGUCAGUAAAGGACAAACAGCUGUGGCAACAAGGCUAGAGGGCAGGUGCAUGUUGAAGGGGUCAAGAUUCAUACACUUGAGAUUGUUGCAACUUUUUUUGGCGAAGAACCCCACAGUUUUCUUAGUACAGUUUCUUCUCCUAUAUUUCAAGUUUAAUCAAGGAAAAAUAGUGUGCAUAAUGUUCCAUAAGACAGCAUUUAUUCAUUCAUUCAUUCAAUAGAUAUUUUAAGUGCCUACUAUGGACAUGGCACUGGGCUAAACCAUUUAGGGGAGGCAAAAAGGUGUAAGAUCAUGGAGGCUGGGAUCCCUAUGCUCAAAAGUCCAUUGGAAGAGAUGGAGAAUAUGCAUCCAGCUAUCUCCGUUAUAGCUCUCUAUCAGCAUCCGGCAAGACCAGUACAUACUGCAUACAAUACAUCAGUGUGGAUUUGUAUGCAGAAGCACACCCAUGUAUAUGUAUGUAUUUAUCUACCUGUACAAACACUAUAUAUGUAUACACACUAUCUAUGUAAUAUAUAUGUAUAAUGCAUAUAAAUUCUAACAAGUGUAUUUGUGUUAUCUGGAAAAUGGAACACUUGUAUCUUGAAGUGGUAAAUGCAGAGAAUUGGUUUUAUUGUUGAUCUGUGGAUUUAAUGAUUUCUAGACAAAAAAGGAUGUUUAAGUGUAUAAUUUCUUUCCUUAAUUUAAUAUAUUUAUGUAAAUGCAUGCCUGGAAUUCUGGUUAGAUUGAUGGUGUUGUCCUUUAAACUGAUAAAAAUGUAUUAAACUUUAUCUUAUGAGCUAAUGUA